AUUAUUCUUCUUUAAUGUAAACAAAUUGUGAUCCAUUUAUAUAGAACAACAACAACAACAAAUAAAAGCGAGCGAAAACUUUUUGUUAUUAUAAAUUGUUUGCUACACUACUCUUUCUCUCUUUAAAAGAAGAAACUGAAAAGAAGAAAAAUAAUAACAAACAAAGAAAAGAAAAACAAUUUAAACAGUACUCUAGAAAACAAGGACUGACUGAAAACAAAAAUAACUUGAAGGACUUUCCUCUUUCAAAACAUCACAAAAAAGGACAGACAAAAAGAGCUCAUUUUAUUUAAUUAAUUUUUAUUAGUGAAAUUUUGUAAAUAAAAAUACAAUUUUAUAUACGUAUAUAUAUAAACAAUACUUUGUAUACGACGUAACGUAUCAAAUACAAACAAACAAACAGACAGUAUUAUAUUGAAUUUAAAACAUAACAAAAAAAUCAAAGAUUUUAAACAGCUUAUAAUUUCACGUUCAUUUUCUCCCCCUUCAUCUACGGGUAAUAAUACCAACAGCAACAACAUGGUUGAGGGUCAGCAACAACAGCAGCAGCAGCAAAAUGGCGGAGCCGGUGCCGGUGCCACAUUGGCUCAAAGCACCACAAAUGCCAAUAGCAGUAGCGCCAAUGCCAACACCAACAAUAACAAUCCAAACGCAACCAAUAACAAUAAUACCAAUGCCAACAACAAUAAUAACAACAACACUACCGACAAUGAUCCCAAAACCAAUUUGAUCGUUAAUUAUUUGCCACAGACAAUGUCACAGGAAGACAUCCGGGCAUUGUUUGUCAGUUUCGGUGAAGUGGAGUCCUGUAAAUUGAUCAGAGAUAAAGUGACAGGUCAAAGCUUGGGCUACGGUUUUGUCAAUUAUGUAAAGCAAGAAGAUGCUGAAAAGGCCAUAUCAUCGUUGAACGGUUUACGUUUACAAAAUAAAACUAUCAAAGUAUCUAUUGCCCGUCCUAGUUCUGAAUCUAUCAAAGGUGCUAACUUAUAUGUCUCCGGUCUUCCCAAGAAUAUGACACAACCAGAUUUGGAACAAUUAUUUAGUCCAUAUGGAAAAAUAAUUACCUCAAGAAUAUUAUGCGACAAUAUAACGGGCGGGCCUAUUGACCAGGGUCUUUCCAAGGGAGUUGGUUUUAUACGUUUCGAUCAACGUCAUGAGGCCGAUCAGGCCAUAAAGGCUUUGAAUGGCACCAUACCCAAAAAUGCCACUGAACCAAUUGUGGUAAAAUUCGCCAACAAUCCCAGUAACAACAAAGCCUUUCAGCCAUUGACGGCUUAUUUGACUCCGCAAAAUCCCAGGACAAGAGGUUUUCCAGCGGCCGCCGCUGCUGGGGCUGCCGCUGCGGCAGCUGCAGCCGCCAUACAUCCCACAGCUGCUGGACGUUAUAGCUCUGUCAUUUCCCGUUAUUCACCAUUGACCGGCGAUCUAUUGGCCAAUUCCAUGUUACCCGGCAAUCCCAUUAAUGGUUCUGGUUGGUGUAUUUUUGUUUAUAAUUUGGCCCAGGAGACUGAGGAGAAUGUUUUGUGGCAGCUAUUCGGUCCAUUUGGUGCCGUGCAGUCCGUAAAGGUUAUACGUGACUUGCAAACAAAUAAAUGCAAAGGCUUUGGUUUCGUUACCAUGACCAAUUAUGAGGAGGCUGUAUUGGCCAUACAAUCUUUGAAUGGCUAUACCUUGGGCAAUCGUGUAUUACAAGUCAGCUUUAAGACAAAUAAAACUAAACAAACGUAA